CCCUCCCCCCCACCUUACCCGCUGCCGUCCCACCCCUUCUUCAACGAUGGACACCUCAUAGAUUGAUGGACUGGCGCAAACGAACAACUCAGGCCCCCCUCCCCAGCCGAACCCAAGAGACUCCGCAUGCAUGUUUGGAAACAACAGACUCCCCGCUUUCCACCCAGGCCUCACCCAAAGCCGAAUUAGAGAUACCACUACCGGCAGUCGCUUGUGGUUCCCCGGGCUGCGAUCAGCACCGCCCUCCGAGUCCUCGCCCUCCGAUUCCGAUCCCGCCAAUGACCAGCUACCGCUACCAAUAACACCAGAGGACCUCUACGAUACUCCCAUGGCGCCCUUCAAUCCCUACACCUACAUCCGGUGUCCCUGUUCAGAGCUCAACCCCUACGCAAAGAGGACUCCCGAUGUCACCGCCCAAGGCCUGUCUCGCGCCGCUCAGGACGACGACGACCAUACCUUUGACCCUCGUGCUGCCCGGUCCAACUACAGCCUCUAUCCGCUAGAGUAUCUCUCCUUCUGCGAGGACUGCCACCAGAUCCGCUGUCCACGAUGUGUAGCCGAGGAGAUUGUUUGCUACUACUGCCCCAACUGUCUGUUUGAGGUGCCGAGUAGCAACAUCAGGAGCGAGGGCAACAGAUGUACACGAAGUUGCUUCCAGUGCCCAAUAUGCAUCGGGCCCCUCGCGGUGAACCACGUCGAGACACCACCAGAUCCCAACCAGCUGCUUAGUCCAGACCAUGCCGCUUCUUCCCACUCGGGCUCUUAUAUCCUGUCGUGCUCCUACUGCAACUGGAGUUCUACCGAGAUAGGAAUCAAGUUCGACAAGCCGAACAGCAUCCACAUGCAACUAGCCAAGCUACGAAACGGCGGCGAGACGAGGUUGACAGCGAAGGAGCGUAAGGAGCGACGGAAGGAACAGGCUUCCCAAGGCGGCGGCGGUGGCAGCAGCAGCACCGCCCACGGAGAAGAGGACCUAGACACACUCCUAGACAUGGAAACGCAGUUCGCCAACCUCAAAUCCUUCUACCAGAACCAGCUCUCCGACGCCAACGGCACCGGCAAAGCAGGCGGCGACGCCUCCGCCGCCCUGGGCAACCUAGGCUUCGACGCGCCCGCCUCUCUCUCGCGGAUCAUGUCACUCUACACCGGUUCCUCCUCGCUGCACGACAAGAAAUCCAAAUCCCGACCGGGCACCAUGCGCGAAGCGCUCGCUCCCUCCGAAGGUCUACAACUAGCCUCGCUCGACGAAACCAGCGCCAUCACCGCCCUCCAAGACUUCGAGCCCAUCACCGGCCUCGACGCCUACUCCUCAACAGCCUCCACCACGCAACUCCAAUCCCAAGCCCCCUACCUCGGCGCCUCGCCCCUCCACGGCCUCACGCGCUUCACCUCCUCCCUGCGCCCGAUCUCCUACCUUUUGCGCACCAAGCGCUCCAAGCGCUGCCCGCAGUGCCGCCAUAUCAUCAGCAAGCCCGAGAGCAAAGUGACCACGACGCGCUUCCGCAUCCGCUUGAUAGCGGGCAACUACAUCCCGACCAUCACCAUCAAGCAGCUGAUUAUCCCCGGCCUGACCCCGCCGCCGAUGCCGAAUCUGCCGCCUGAUACCAUCGAACCGUUGAAGCCAGCCCAGUUCGUGCUAACCUUCAAGAACCCCAUUUUCGAAUCGGUGCGGGUAACUCUCGCUACACCAGCCACCACACCCGGCAGGUUCCCUUCCAAAGUGACGAUCCUCUGUCCCCAGUUCGAAAUAGACUCCAACACGGACGUCUGGGAGGAAGCUCUCAAGGAUAACAACGCCACAUCCUCCUCUUCUCAAUCUCAAAACCUCUCGAGCUCCACAGGGCCGGAAGGCUCAGGCCCAGGUGGUCGUAAACGCGCUGGCACGUUGCGACCCGGGACGGCGGGAGGCGCAAGUCUAGCGGGCGAGGAAUUGGGGCCGGAAGUAGGCAAGGUGUGGGAGAGGGGAAGGAACUGGACGAGUAUUGUGAUUGAGGUGAUCCCGGCUAGCUUGGUGCAGACGGCGAAAAGGGAUGGAAGGGGGCCGAUAAAGGAGGAUGAGGAUGUGUUGGAGAUACCCAUGUUUGUGAGGAUCGAGUGGGAGGCGGAGGCGCCCGAGGAUGAGAUCAUGCCUGGGUUGAGCAGCGCGAAGGGGAAUAAGGAUGGUGGGAAGGAGAAGAGGGAGUUGGCGUAUUGGUGUGUGUUGGGGUUGGGGAGGGUUGCGAGGACGUUGUGAGAGGUCAUGAUGAGAGAAUGUGAGAGGUCAUGAUGAGAUGAGUUGGAGUCAGGAGUAAGAGAGGAAAUAAUGAUGUUUACGAUUGAGGACACGGUUCACAGGGUAUGUAUGACGACGGCGUUUAAAAGCAUGUAACGAACAUAGAAAUUGUAGGACAGACACAAGGCAUGGCACAUACACAACAAGCAGAUGAUUGCAAAGAUGAACAAGAU